AUGAGUCCUCGAGCCCCAACUAUUCAUCAUUUGCUAUUUGCCGAUGAUAGCUUUAUAUUUGGAGAAGCCUCUGUGGUGGAAUGCUCUACAUUCAAGUCUAUUUUGAAUGUGUAUGAGCGUGCUUCUAGCCAAAGGAUUAAUUUAGAGAAGAGCAGUGUUGUCUUCAGCAGGAAUGUGCACCCGGAUACUAAAGCUAAUUUAGCUUCUAUUUUGGGGGUUCAGUGUGUGGAGGACCAUGGCAGAUAUCUAGGGCUUCCGCUUCAUGUGGGAAAAUCAAAAGUGGUAAUUUUUUCUUAUCUUAAGGAAAGAUUAACCAAGAAGCUGAUUAGUUGGCGCACAAAAAUCCUGAGUUCUGCAGGGAAGGAGAUUCUGAUUAAGGCAGUGGCACAAGUUAUUCCAGCGUAUGUUAUGAGUUGUUAUAUGCUUCCUAAAGGUCUUUUUGAGGAUCUCCACCAACUUUGUGCUCAAUUUUUUUGGGGAGGUUCAGAUUCUAAUCGGAAAAUUCACUGGCGGUCAUGGGAUAGGAUGUGCCUGUCUAAAAGUGAGGGAGGUUUAGGUUUCAAGAAUCUGCAUGCUCAUUAUUUAUCUCUGCUUGCAAAACAGGGAUGGAGGUUACUCACUAAUCCUAAUUCCUUGUUGUCUCGUUUGCUCAAGGCUAGGUAUUUUCCGAAUGGUUCUUUUUUGGAUGCAGAUAUGGGGGAUUCCCCCUCGUAUACAUGGAGAAGCAUUAUGGAAGCUAGAACUGUCCUUCAGGCUGGAUUAUUUUGGCAGGUUGGUAAUGGCUCCUCUAUUCAUGUUUGGAGUGAUCAGUGGAUUCCAACUGUUUUAUGA